AUGAACCAAUUACCACAAGACAAUUCUCACAAACUCCCUCACGAAUAUUUAACAUUAGAACAAAAAUUAAGAUUAAUGAUUGGUGAAUAUAUUUGUUUAAUGAAUCCUUUUAAAUUUUUUCCUUCUUUGACUGAAAUUAAGUCAUGUGUUUGGGCAAGUGGGUCAAUGACUUAUCCAAUUACUGGUAUUUCACCUCCGAUAAAUCUUUGUGAUGGUCCUUCUGGACUUCGAAUUGGUUCUAAAUUAUUUAUUAAAAAUUCUACUUCUUUUCCAUCAGCAACAUGUAUUGCUGCUACAUUUAACAAGGACAUGGCCAUGAUAGAGGGAGAAGCUAUUGGGAGUGAAUGUGUUAAUAAAUCUAUUGGAGUUCUUCUUGCACCAGCAAUUAAUAUUCAAAGACAUCCAUUAGCAGGAAGAAAUUAUGAAUGUUAUUCUGAAGAUCCUCUUUUAGCUGGGGAGAUGGGAGCUUCAUACAUAAUUGGAGUACAAAAAAAUGGGGUUGCGGCUUGUGUUAAACAUUUUGUUGCCAAUAAUCAAGAGACACAAAGAGAAGAAAUUAAUGUUGAAAUAUCACAACGUGCUUUGAGAGAAAUUUAUGUUGAAGCAUUUAGAAUCGCACUUCAAGGAAACCCAAUGACUUUAAUGACUUCAUAUAAUAAAGUAAAUGGGCAAUAUGUUGGAGAAAAUGAAGAAAUGAAGAUGUUACUAAGAGAAGACCUUCGUUAUAACGGAAUCAUUAUGACUGAUUGGUAUGCAUGUAAAGAUACUGUGAGAAUGGUGUUAGGAGGAAAUAACCUAAUUGAACCAGGAAAGCCAAGUAAUUAUACUGAACUAUUUGAAGAAAUCAAAAAAGGAAAUGAUAAAUUAAUGAAAGAAAUUGAUGAAUCUGUUGAUAGAAUAAUUGAAUUUACAAACUCUAUUAAACCAAUAAAACAAAUGAUUGAUUACACAAAUGUAGCUCUAUCAGUUGCCGAAGAAGGGUGUGUGUUAUUAAAAAAUAAUCAAUGUUUACCAAUAAAAGAGUCAUCAAAAAUUUGUCUCAUUGGAAGUGCAUCAUAUGGACCAUUUGCAUUUGGUAUUGGAAGUGGUCAAUCUAAUCCAUCAAGAGUUAUUUCAAUUAAAGAAGGAUUAUUAGCACAAGGAAUGUUUAUUGAUAAACCAGUUGAAAGAAUUUAUUCUCAACACGUUUAUCAACAAAAUAAAAGAUCAGUAGAUACUUAUAUGGGAGUUUUUAAUUUAUUUAAAGAUUACGAAGAAUUAUUAUUUGAGAAAAGAUGGGGUAUUAGAUGUUCACAAGAAUGUGAUAUUGCAGUAUUUACUAUAGGAAGAAUUUGUGGUGAAUUUUAUGAUAGAACAUUACAAUCAUUCUUUCUUCAACCAAAUGAAAUUAAUACAAUCAAAUGUGUUAGUGAGAUAUUUCAUUCUGUUAAUAAAAAGGUUAUUAUAGUUUUAAAUAUUGGUGGUGUUAUUGAAAUAGAAAGUUGGAAAGAUCUUGUUGAUGGAAUUAUUGUUUGUUGGAUUAACGGAGAGCAAUGUGGUAAUGCUGUUGCUUCAAUAUUAUCUGGUCAUACAAAUCCAUCUGGUAGACUUCCAACAACUUUUCCAAUUACUUUAAACCAACCGAAUUUGCAAUCAUUUCCAGGAGAUGAUCUAAUUAAACCAACAAAAGUAAUAUAUAAAGAAGAUAUUUAUGUUGGAUAUCGUUAUUAUACAACAUUCAAUCAAAAAUGUUCAUACCCAUUUGGAUAUGGGUUAUCAUAUACUCAAUUUGAAUAUUCUAACUUUAAUGUUUCUGUUGAUUUAGAACAUCAACUUAUUCACUUUACUGUAACCGUAACAAAUACUGGAACUUUUGAAGGAAAAGAAGUUAUUCAAAUAUACGUUUCAAUACCUGAAGACCGUUUAGAACAUCCAUCUAUUGAAUUAAAAGCAUUUGGUAAAACAAAAUUAUUAUUUCCAAAUGAAAAUCAACAACUUUCUUUUACUCGAACUUUUAGAGAUCUUAGCUCAUUUGAUACUGAUUCCGCUUGUUGGAUUAUUGAAAAAGGUGUUUACACUGCUUUUGUAAGUAAAGACUGUUUGACCCAUGUUCUUUCUAAAACAUUCUCAAUAACUCAAACAAUAAUAGUUAAACAGUCACAUUUGUAUGCCAUGCCAAUCACUCAAUUCAAUUGUUUAUCAAAAAAUUCUUUACAAUAA